GUGAUUCCUUUUCUGGAGUAGGACUGUGUGCGGUGCUUUUCGGGAUCUGGGGAUGUUUUUCCGUUUUUCUGGACUUUUAUACCUUUAGGAAUCAACUUUGAAAAAUCUGGAGUUGGUGAAUACCAGUUUACAAAAUCUCUUCAACGGGAAUAACCACCAGAAGACUCGCACGGGAGGAAUUUAAGUUUCAUUUCGGUGCGUAAAUAUGUGCGGUUUGGUGAGCCGCACAAGUAGUUGAGCCUCCUCCUUUUCUUUUUGCACGUUCAAUAGCAUUAUUAUUUUCCCCUUCAUGGAGUAAGUAGUCUAAAUCACAGGUAUAUAAAAAGACUUGGGGAAAAGAGCGGAUUUUUUUUUUUAUUUCCUGUCGCCUGGAACAAACAGGCGGAUCUGAUGCGCAGAUUCUCCGUAGGAUGGUAAAUGACCGAUGGGGAAUCAUGAACAGCUCUUCUGAACUCGAAGAUGGGACCCGGCAUAAAAACCAGACGUUCUGUGAAUGUGUGCCCAGCUCCUCCCAGCUCAAACACCGCUGGUCAGACUCAGAAACUGCCAGGGAAACUCCAGCCAAGAGGAUGAGCUGCAGCUAUCUGCUCUGCACCAUCCUGCUCUUCGUGGCUGUAUUACUGGCUGUCACUGUAACUGGCACCAUCCUUUUUAUGAACCACUACCAGGCACCACCAAUGUCAGAUGGUCUACCCCACAUCUCUACCAAUCAGGAUGAAGCCAAUGCCCUGGUCACUGUUGAGAGGGGAGACGGAUCACGCAUCAACAUCUUCAUCGACCCCAAUUGUCCUGACUACAACAGUAACUUUUUGCGUCUGGAGGGGGUUCAGACCUCACUGCUCCACUCACUUACCGACCACGACUCUGACCUAAAGUCAGUGAAAGGCCAGGAUCGGGCUCUGCUUGUCAGUCUGGCUGAAGAGGUGGCCAAGCUGUCUGCCCAUGCAGGACAACUAAAAAUGGAUUAUGAGUCUCUACGCAGGGGACAGGGCAGCCUGGGACAAGACCUGAACACACUGCAGACUGAACAGGGGCGCCUCAUACAGCUACUGUCAGACAGCCAGAUCAACAUGGUGAAGGUAGUGAAUUCUGUGAGUGAUGCUCUUAACGCCAUGCAGAAAGAGAACGUGGGACUGAAGGCACGAGUCAAGGCCGACUUGCAAAGGGCUCCGGUCAGAGGGGCUCGUUUCAAGGGCUGCUCUAAUGGCUCGCGUCCCCGUGACUGUGGUGAUCUGUACGCCAGUGGUCAAAGAGAGGACGGCAUCUAUUCCGUGUUUCCUGUUCACCACCCCUCAGGCUUCCAGGUCUACUGUGACAUGACCACAGAUGGAGGAGGGUGGACGGUGAUUCAGCGCAGGGAGGACGGCUCUGUCAACUUCUUCAGAGGAUGGGACUCGUAUCGGGAGGGAUUUGGCAAGAUCACUGGCGAACACUGGCUCGGGCUGAAGCAGAUCCAUGCUCUGUCCAUCCAGGGAAACUAUGAGCUACGUAUUGACUUGGAGGACUUUGAAAAUAGCACCGCAUAUGCCCAGUAUGGUACAUUUGGAGUGGGCCUCUUCUCUGUGGACCCUGAUGAUGAUGGAUACCCACUGACUGUGGGAGACUAUUCUGGAAAUGCAGGUGACUCUUUGCUGAAGCACAAUGGGAUGAAGUUCACCACCAAAGACAGGGAUAACGACCACUCGGAGAACAACUGCGCCUCCUUCUACCACGGUGCCUGGUGGUACCGCAACUGCCACACCUCCAACCUUAACGGCCAGUACCUGCGCGGUCAACACACCUCGUACGCCGACGGUAUAGAGUGGUCCUCCUGGACUGGAUGGCAGUACUCUCUCAAGUUCUCCGAGAUGAAGAUCCGGCCUACGCGUGACCCGGAGAGUAAAUGAGAACGCAGACGGAGAAAGAAGACAGAAGAUGGGAAAAAAUUUUUUGAAACAUUACAAACAAAACCACAACUUCUGACAGCUAGAUGGAGUUACUUGUCUUGAUAUUGUUUAUUCACUAAAACAUUACCUCUUUGAGUUGAGCUGACUCUGCAGUUCCCCCCCCCCUCCUGAUGUCUCUCUUCCUUUUUGCUCCUCUUUCUCCAUCACUCAGCUACUAUUGUCAUGCUGGCUAUCAUUAUCCCUCCCCAGGUCCCUUUCUUUGAA